AAUCAAUCGUGUACUUCCUAUUUCUAAAGAACACGUCCAAUAUUAAUGGUAUUUAAGCCUUACACCACUUACGAAGUUACUUGCAUGUGUCAGAUAAAAGAACACGGUUUAAAACAUAUUUCAAAAACGCAGUCAUGAAGUGUGAUCAGCUGAUUUUGAUGUCUGUAUAUUGCACUGUGUUUCUCAGUUUUGUGGAUAUUGCCUCAGCGGGGAAAGAUUAUUAUAAGAUUUUGGGUGUUAAAAAAGAUGCCACAGAAAAGCAAAUAAAGAAAGCUUUCAGGAAGUUAGCUCUCAAAUAUCAUCCAGAUAAAAAUAAAAAGGACAAAGAUGGUGCCCAAAAGAAAUUUAUGGAAAUAGCUGAAGCAUAUGAAAUUCUGUCAGACAAAGAGAAGAGAAACCAGUAUGACCAGUUCGGUGAGGAAGGAGCAAAUGGACAUGGAUUUCAUGGACAUGAAGGAUUCAAAUUCAACUUUGACGACUUCUUCCAAAACUUCGACAGUGCUUUCAAGAACCACCACUUCAGAAGUCAGCACCACGGUGGAAACAACGGAUUCAAAUUUCAGUUUGGUGGGAGCCGCGGCGGAGCGUUCAACUUCAAUGAUCUGUUUGGUGAUGUGGAGGAAGACGAUUUCUUUGGUUUCAACCCGUUUGGAAACGACAACAUGUUCGGACAUCACCAUCAUGUACACAACCACUAUGAUAGGGCACACAACAGUGGUCACUUUGACCAACAUUUCCACCAGCAUCCGUCAUUUGGACAACACGCUCAUGUUCACACCAUGCACAGUUCUAGAUCAGGAGGACAGAGAUGCAGCACAGUGACAAAGAGAGUUGGCAACACAGUAACCACCUACACCCAGUGUUCCUAGUCGAUCACUGAACUCUGGUCGUAGAUCGGUGGACUCGUCAGGUUUUUACACGAUGAAAACUCGGACAAAAUAACGACUGAAUACCCGUAUGUCUUUCUUUGGAUGCCAACAUAACACAAGACAGAGACUUAGUGAUAUAUUUUACAUCAUGUGGUUGACAGUGACGUUGGUGAUGAUUGGUUGACACUGGAAUGAUGUAUUUUAUACUGGUGGUUUAUAGUGCUUGAGUACUGAGUGAUUAGGCACAUUAAUCCUAUCUCUUGGCUUCCACGUGUGUUGAUUGAUUGUGCAUAGAAAGCAUGACCCAACUUGCUUUCAUGAUGCUUUCCCCAAAUUGUUUGUGUUUUUGAAUGAUGUACUCAGGCAUAAGAAGGUGCCAAAAAGUGGGGGACACACAUGCAUGCACACACACACACAUAUAUAAAUACAUGUAUAAAUAUAUAAAAACAAAACAGGUGCCAUGGAAUGGGGGGAGGCGGGUGCCAUGGAAUGGGGGGAGGCGGGGGCCAUACCUCCUACCCUUUUCAGUUGUUGGGCUCAGAUGACUGGAAAUGCCAAAAUGAACACCUGAAAUCAACAAAUUUCUCAGUGUGGUGUGUAUGUGUAAGCACAUAUUCAAACUCCUCAAAUUUUCAUCUCGUAGACCAUUGCACUGACAGUAGUCCCGCCUCCCCCACUUUUAAAUACACUUCGCAGGUCCUGCAAAAUAACGCGAAUGUGACAUAAUAAAAGUAUGAAAGAACCAAUUACUGCAAAGCUACAGCUCAUAUUAUAAGUCCCUGAUUACGUACAUGUUUGUCUCAGGCUCUCUAAUGCAGGCGGGUAGGAUCUAGGUCGGUCAGUAGAACACUUGCUUCAGGUGCUUGUGUCACGGGAUCUAACCACCUCAGUAGACAUAUAACAUUUUAACAUCCAGUUGCCAGUGAUUAAUUAAUCAAUGUGCUCUAAUGGUGUGUCAUUAAAUAAAACAAACUUUAAUGAUCGAACCACCUCAGUAGACAUAUCAUCAAGUUUUGACAUCCAGUUGCCAAUGAUUAAUUAAUCAAUGUGCUCUAGGGUGUAUCAUUAAACAAAACAAACUUUAAUGCUGGUAAAUUUCUGCAAUUGAUACAUUAUACUAACUCUAUUUAGGACUUUUCUAAGAAUGUCCUAGCUGAAGCAGCUAAAAACGAUUGUGUGUACCUGUAAAUCAUUUCCCAGCCAAAAGUGUAGGUGCAUAUUUGUAGUGCAAAACAAACUUACCAAGACUAUUUACAAACAGUCUAUUAGUGUUUACAUAAUUUACAAACAUUGUGUUAGGGAAGACCAUUUUGUUUGUAGGGGUCAAGUUUGUCUUGAUGUCGACAACAAGCAUUUAAUUAUGUGACUGGUCAGACAUCAUGCACUGUGAUAUUCUUGAUAUUGUUUUAUUUUCAGUGUUGGAUAAAAGUUUGUAGUUAAAUUAAAUAAAUAAGUUGUGUGCAGGACACGGUCUAGACACCCAAGUUGUAUUUGUUGGCUUUUUUAAAGCAUAAAUAAACUUUUUAUUAUUAGGUUCUCAAGCCUUUUCGGCAGAACCCUAUUGUUAUUGCUAGAAUUUGUUUUGUCAAAUUAUUAUAUAUAUAGUAUUAUAAGCCAAAAAAUUAAUUAAAAUAAUACUACAUGUACUUAGUUUAUUUUUAAGUAAGUUGCUCAUUAUCUUUGUAUUGAGAUUUUGUUAUAUAUACUUAAGCACUUUUUGUAUACAUUUUAUAUACAAAAGAAAACAGGACUUUUUAAAUUAAUGGCUUACAUGUAUGUAGAAAAUUAAGAAAAAGUAAUGUUUGUAUCGAUAUACUUAACACAUACACUUGUUAGCUGUGCUACAGUCUAGAUAAUGGAUUAAAAUCAACUCUCCAGUUUGUAUUUACUCGUCAGGUAGAUGGUUUCAUCUCAGUCCUUCUGUCUGUCAAUCUGUCCGUCCGUUCAUCUGUCUGUCCCACGUUUUCCAGGCCUUGAGAUAUUAACGUGAAAUUUUGUGUAUAGCUUUAUCAUUUACUGUUACAGAUCAAGUUUGACUUUCAUGGCGAUUUAUGUAUUUUUGACAGAGUUAUGGCCCUUGAACUUUGUCAAUGUGAAAAUUGGUUUACCGAACUUCUUUUUCAGAAGACCCUGAGAUAUUGAACUGAAAUUUUGUAUGUAGCUUUAUAAUGUACUGUUACUGAUCAAAUUUAACUUUCAUGGUGAUUUAACCACUUACAAUUUUUUGCCCAUGCAGCAGGUAUCAAAACAAAUUUGAGGAGAGAUUAAUUGUUCCCUUAACUUAGAUUAUGGGGAGCCAUUUAAGAUAUUACCAUAUUGAUUCCAUGUAAAAUAACAGGCUAUGGGGAGCUAAACAUUACUCUCGUUGAACUAAUCUCAGGAGGUGGCGUCAUGGUUAGGCCAUUGGUCAACAGGCUGGUAGGUAGAUACAGACUCCAAACCCCGAGUAAGUGCUCCGCAAGGCUCAGUGGGUAGGUGUAAACCACUUGCACCGACCAGUGAUCCAUA